CCUCAGCCUCGCGCAUUCCGGAUGACAUUCGAUCCGGUUUUCUGGCGAAUGCAACGAAAACAAAACGCGAAAACGCAAUUUGCCUCCGUUGCGUGUGCUUCUCUGGUGCUUGCUGCGUAAUCUUUUCCGCUAGAAUGAAACUACUGUGAGCUGUUCGGUUCUGGUUCGGGUGGGGUUAGCCUGUUUUCAGCUUUCCGCGGGUAUUUCGCUUUCGCUAAAGGAAGGAGCAGCCAGAAAAUUGGCUUGGCCAGAUUCAGCACCGAUAUAAUUAGCAGCAUAACAGCACCAUGAUACGAUACCGGGUGGUAGCGCUCGUUUUAAUUGUGCUGCUAAUCUACUUCUUUCGGCUAAUAUUUGCUUCCGGUGGUGAUCGAAGUCAGUUCUAUCAAAACUGCUUAAAGUUCUGUACGCUUGACAAUUGUACACAGUCUGGUGUAUCGUACAAGAAGGAGCUGCAGUGGAAGCACGAUCCGAUCAAUAAACUUUUGAUGUGGACCUGCUACGAUGAGUGCGGUUACGACUGCAUGUGGAGGACAACGUCCGCGUUUCACAAUCGCAACUGGACUACGCCACAGUUUUACGGCAAAUGGCCAUUCGUUCGAUUCCUCGGUAUGCAGGAACCGGCCUCGGUGCUGUUUUCGAUCGCCAACUUUAUCACGCACUACAAAAUGCUGCAACGGUUCAAGCGCGAGGUGCGCACCGACAGCCCCAUGUACGGCACGUGGCGAGCAUUUUCCUACAUCUGCCUGAACGCGUGGAUUUGGUCGGCCAUUUUUCACACGCGCGAUUUUCCCGUCACCGAGCUGCUGGACUACACGUUCGCCUACUCGAUGGUGCUCGCUUCGUUUCACUGCAUGGUGAUGCGCAUGAUACACCGGACGUCCGUUUUCGUGCGCGGCACCUUCAGCUUCCUGUGCGUACUAUUCUUUAUCAACCACUUUUCCUACCUUAGCAUCGGGCGGUUCGAUUAUACGUACAACAUGAAGGCGAACAUCGUGACAGGUAUGAGCGGCGCACUGGGAUGGAUUUUGUGGUGUUUUCUGCAGCGCCGGAAGCGACGCUACGUUUGGAAGUGCUUUAUCUUUAUCGUGCUGGCGACCUCGUCCUUACUGCUGGAAAUUAACGACUUCCCACCGAUCCUGUGGACGUUCGAUGCACAUUCGAUAUGGCAUCUGGUAACGGCACCACUAACAAUACUAUUCUAUAGUUUUAUCAUCGAAGACUGUAAAACGUUGCGUAAAGAACUGGCCAGCGGUGAAGAUGAGGAGGAAAGCCGCAAACUGUUGUAGAGUUUGUUGCUUCAUCCAGCGAAGAAAACGAAACUGUGUUAAAAGUGUUACCUACUGAACAGAGAUCCAUUUGCUAUACCCUUGAGGACAAUAAUACGGACAAAGCAAAGAACAAAACAUUGCACCAGCAUUCAGAGCUCGAAAAGCAUUAAAAUUUAAACCGUAAGUAAGUUUGGGCGGCUACAUUGGCUACAUUAGCAAUCACUUUCUCUCGGUACGCAGUUUUUGCCGCUUGUGUUUUACACGAAUAGAUUCUGGUCAAAUUCUACUCGAUGGUUCACGGUUUAAAUGUAAUUUAUUCGGGCAGAGGUGCGGUUCCGUUAGGAUGUAUAAUUAGCUAAAACUAGUAACGAAUUCGAAAUUAUGCCAAAAUUAAUUACCUUAAAGACAUUAUUACAUUCGACCGUUUUACCUUCAACUUUUUGUAAGCCAAAUAUGUAUGCAAUUGGACCCGGUUAUAUUCAGCAGCCUAGAUAGUGUACGCGAAAUACGUCAAUUGAUGGAGUGCAGCGAGAACGCAUGACCCUGUGCCCCAGUUUUUGGUAUUACACAUUUAUCCACGAACGCACGUAACACUCUAGUCAACGGUCAUGUAUGUGUAUGUAACAUUCGUGCUAUGGUAUAGCUACUGUAAAGCGGGACAACAGGCACGUUUUGGGUGUGAAAUUCAAAUUUAGUAGCGAACGACCGUGUUUAAGGUUUUUUAAAACUCUUUUGGACUCCUCGUGUAGAACAGAAGCAAUAUGCGUUUAUUCCAGGUUUACUGAUAAAGACAUAUUAUAUACAUAUAUAUAUAGUGCGUUGUAUGCACGCUACACACUUAGAACAAAACGGGAAGUAAUUUAUAAGCAUGUAACAGUACGAACAAAAAAAGAACAAGUUUUUUGGAUUUCGGAACACUUAAUGGCUGAACUGUAGAAUAGGAUUACCAAAAUAUAUAUUAUAUUCAUUUAACUUAAUUAAA